AUGUCCCCGAGUGUGUAUGAACUCAUUGAAGACUGUAGUACUUUUGAGAGUGCAAUCGCCAAACUGGAGAGUGCUUAUGUCAAGUUGCCGAAUGAAGUUUUUGCUAGGUAUGUUUUGGUGACACGACGACAGCAGUCAGGAGAAUCCCUUGACGAAUUUCUGAGGGAACUACAUAAGCUAAGCAAGGAUUGUAACUUCCAGGCAGUCACAGCUGAGCAAUAUCGGCAGGAGCUAGUACGUGAUGCAUUUAUCAAUGGUAUUGCCUCAGCAUUUAUUCGUCAGCGCCUACUAGAAAAUAAGUCACUGAACCUGGAGGCUGCACACAGUCAAGCUCGUACAUUGGAUCUUGCCCAGCGUAGUGCCGACGUGUAUACAUCUCCACCCAUUCCUCAUACUGCUGCUUUAGUUCCAGAGCGGCAGGCACAGCCCAGUGGUGACCAGCAGCAGCCCAGCCAACAAGAAGAAGCAGAAAGAAGUUCACCUGGAGAUUCAGCUGUUGCUGCUGCUUACUUAUCUAAGAGGAAAGGCUAUUUUUGUGGUAAUGCACUCCACAGUAUAGGUAGAGUGAGUUGUCCUGCACGUACUGUUAAAUGUAACAAAUGUGGUAAAACAGGUCAUUUUGCAAAAGUCUGUAAAUCAAAGGCUUCAGGUAGUACUACUGCUGCAUUGUAUAGCCCCACUUUGCUUACAAUAGCUGCCACUUAUCCAAAGAAUCUUUCACAUGCAGCUACAAACAUCACUGUAAAUGGCCAUUCAUUGAAGGCACUAAUUGAUUCUUGUAGCUCAGAUAGUUUUAUACGCGAGGAAGUAGCACAGAAACUAAAUUUGACAAUAGUUCCUGUAGGUACAGCAGUCUCAAUGGCAUUAAAAUCUUUAAAUGCUAGUUCCCCUGGGUUUGUUACAGCAGACUUAGUGCAUCUUGAUCAGAGAUAUCCUCGUAUCCAGCUCGGGGUCCUGAAGGAUUUAUGUUGUGAUGUUAUCUUAGGUUAUGACUUUCAAAAGCAACACCAGAGCGUAACUUUUCAAUAUGGAGGGAAUAAACCAAGUUUAAAGAUAACUGGAGCUAAACCUGUCUGUGUAUUAGCAACAGCUGAUAUCGAUGAACCGUCAUUGUUUCCAAAUUUGCCUCAGCAGUGUAAACCCAUUGAAGUUAAAUCUAGACGCUAUAGCCAGGAUGACCAGCUGUUUGUAAAAGACCAGAUAUCACAUUUACUAUCUGAAGGUAUCAAUGAGCCAAGUAUAUCCCCUUGGAGAGCACAGGUUGUAGUAGUCAAAGAUCCACUUGGCAGGCACAAAAAGAGACUUUGCAUUGAUUAUUCCCAGACCAUUAACCAAUACACAGAACUAGAUGCAUACCCCCUCCCAAGGAUAGAAGAUAUGGUGCAUGACCUUGCAAAAUAUAAGGUGUUCUCCACAUUUGACUUAAAGAGUGCAUAUCACCAAAUCAGCAUUAAAGAGAGUGAGAGGAAGUAUACUGCUUUUGAGGGUGCAGGGAAAUUGUUUCAGUUUUGUAGGAUUCCAUUUGGUGUCACGAAUGGUGUAGCUGCAUUCCAAAGAGCUAUGGACAAACUAGUUGAAGAUGAGAACCUCAAAGAUACUUUUCCAUAUCUAGAUAAUAUUACUGUAGGUGGAUUAACUCAGGCUGAACAUGAUGAAAACGUUCAAAAGUUCUUGGAGGUGGUUCGGAAACGGAAGCUUACCCUCAAUUAA